AUGGACUCCCUCUUACUGCCGCUUGUUUCCACAGGGAACGUCCCACAACUGGCUACCGACCUCAUUCUACACUCAUUGAGCUCGGAGUUCCAAUUUGUGCGCGAGCUGGACAGUUUGUACCUCUUCCCCUUCGCAGGGCCAUUGGACUAUGUGAAAGGAUCCGAAACGAGUUUAUACGAAAAAACCGGACAGACCUUCACUACACCUUUAGAACUAUUUUACAGUUCCAAAUCGAAGCUGUAUAUUAUUCAGCAAAGAUCUCCAAUCCUGCAGCCCUUCGAGAAUACAUUCUGUAAAGAAGUGAUCGCACCUUUGCUUGAAGAGCUUCAAAUUGGUCAAUUAUUAGUCCUUGAUGCCACAGAUAAUAUCGACGAGAGUAUUAUAUCCAGACAACUUCGCAAGUCCGCUUACUCCAUCGGCACUUGUGACCUCUCGCAGAUCACGGAUAUCGCCAGUGAAUUUGAGGAGAAAUUACAAAUUAAUGACCAAACCUCUCAGUCGGUAAAUAAAACUCUUUUCAAGUUCAGCGAUACAAGUUUUCAAUCAGGCGUUUGUACGGCUCAAUUUGUUUACAAGCUUUGUUACCAUUUGCUACACACACCAAAGGCUUCAAGUCUUUUGAAGGAAAUAUCUUAUCUUAAUACUUUCGUACAGGAAGGUGACAAUUCAGAAGAUGCCAUAGCAGCUUGUAACCAACUACCUCAGAUCCUAUCGAGCUUCCCUCGAAUCUCCCAUUAUAAAACACCUGUUUCGUGGGAGGGUGUUUAUGGAGUACGUGAGGCGCCUAGCUCAUUUGAAGAUGGACUUUAUAUAUGA